GCCCCUCUGCUUUCAUGUGAAUAAACCAGACUCCUCCUCCAGCACCAAGAGGUUGAGCUGCAAACUUGCACCGUGCUGCGUUCACGAGCACCUGGCCACAGGAGUAGCUUCCGCCCAUGGUUCCGCCGUACUCGGGUUGACUUCCCUUACUGUUGUGAGCAUUACUGUGUAUAUUGAAGCACAACAUUGACCCGGCUGAGAUGGACCGAUGGAGGGGCAGAGUGGCUCUGGUGACCGGGGCCUCGGUGGGGAUUGGUGCCGCCAUUGCGAAGGAGCUGGUCCGGCACGGUAUGAAGGUGGUGGGCUGUGCCAGAGACGUGGAAAAAAUUCAGAAACUGGCAGCUGAGUGUCAAAGUGCGGGACACAGCGGUGUUUUGGUGCCUUAUAAAUGUGACCUGAGCAAAGAAGAAGAGAUCCUGUCCAUGUUCUCUGUCAUCAAAGCUCAGCACAAAGGUGUGGACGUGUGCAUCAACAACGCUGGUUUGGCUAAUCCAGAGCCUCUGCUAAACGGCAAAACAAGCGGAUGGAAGAACAUGCUGGAUGUGAAUAUUCUUGCGUUGUGCAUUUGCACACGUGAAGCGUAUCAGUCAAUGAAAGAAAGAAAUGUUGAUGAUGGGCACAUCAUACACAUUAACAGCAUGAGUGGACAUCGUGUUGUUCCAAUACCUGACACACAUUUCUACAGCUCCACCAAGUUUUCUGUGACGGCCCUGACGGAGGGUUUGAGACAGGAGCUGCGUGAGGCAAACACCCACAUCAGAGCCACGAGUAUUUCUCCUGGUUUGGUAGAGACAGAAUUUUCUCAGCGACUCUACCGUGACAAACCUGAAAAAGCUGCUGCAUUGCCAUUAUAUAAAGUGAAGCCUUUGGAUGCCAUAGAUGUUGCAAAUUCAGUCACAUAUGUCCUGAGUGCUCCUCCACAUGUGCAGAUUGGAGACAUACAGAUGCGACCAGUGGAGCAGACAUCAUAGAAUUGCACCAUGUCAAGGUCGACAAACUCUUCAACUGAUGGAUUUUCUACGUCUGUAAACCUGAAUACUGAUUUUGACAUUUGAACUUUAAUUUUCCACAAAAAAAUAAAACUACUGAUUUGAGUAAGAA